AUGACGAAUGAGGAACCCCUUCCAAAGAACGUUCGCCUCAGUGAAUCUGACAUGAAGACCCUGACCCGAGAGGAACUGUGUGUGAGGUGGAAACAACAUGAAACCUAUGUCCAGGUCCUGGAAGCGAAAUAUGCUGAUCUGAAUUCGAACAAUGUGACAGGGCUGAAGGAGUAUGAGGAGAAGCUGAAGCCGCAGCAGCAGGAGGCGUCACGCAGGGGGAACAUCCUGGUCAUGCGGCUCGCCACCAAGGAGCAGGAAAUGCAAGAGUGUACAACCCAGAUCCAGUACCUCAAGCAAGUCCAGCAGCCCAGUGCAGCCCAACUGCGGUCGUCCAUGGUAGCCAUAAACUUAUUUUUCCUCAAAAUGAAGGGCGAACUGGAACAGACUAAAGAUAAACUGGAGCAGGCCCAAAAUGAACUGUGUGCCUGGAAAUUUACACCAGAUAGCCAGACAGGGAAGAAGCUCAUGGCCAAGUGUCGGAUGCUGAUCCAGGAGAACCAGGAGCUGGGGAGGCAGCUGUCCCAAGGCCGUAUCGCCCAGCUGGAGGCAGAGCUGGCCCUGCAGAAGAAGUACAGUGAGGAGCUGAAGAGCAGCCAGGAUGAGUUGAACGAUUUCAUCAUCCAGCUGGAUGAGGAGGUGGAGGGCAUGCAGAGCACCAUCCUGGUCCUCCAGUAGCAGCUCAGGAAGACCCGUCUGCAGCUCUCCCAGAACCCAGCUCAGGCUGCCUCUUUUGGGGCAGGGCCCAGCAGGACUUCACCCUCCAGCGGCUCUGCCGAGCCCCCCAGCCAGGCCGAGCAGACCUUCACCCCCUCCUCCGCCCAGCUAGGGAAAGACUGCGAGAGGGUCUCCAACGGACCUAGCAACGGUAGCUCGUCCUCCCAGAGAGGCACAGCGGCCACCCCCAGCCUGUACCGUGAGGUCAGCAGCACAGAGGAAGACUUUCCUCCGUCUCCCAUGGUCUCCAGCCCCGGCGAGGGCGAGACUAAACUCUCCAACCACUCAGAGGCGGCGGGGGGCCAGACUAGUGACUGUGCAGUGGGUUUUGGGAGCCAGCUGAGCGCAGGGUACGAGAGCGUGGACUCCCCAACUGGCAGUGAGACGUCCCUGACACAGCACUCGAAUGACACAGACUCCAACACCGACCCCCAUGAGGAAAAGGCAGUCCCGGUCGUCAAGGGCAACAGGACUGCAGGGUUGCGGCAUUCUCAGAAUGGCCUGGACUCGAACGGGGGCGCAGUUUUGUAA